AUGAACUCCAACACAGAUUCAGCACAGAAAAGUAAAUUCAUCUCAUCAUUAUCAAUACUCUCUCCACCAAUCUCAGAGCAUGACACCGAACCCGACAUCGCAGAUGUAAAGGCAACACAUGUAACAGCAGCUUUGACGCCUAACCAGGAGCAUUUCACGAACUGGUCAAAUCUGGAAGCCUCAGAUUUGGUUCAAAAAGCACUUCGAACAAAUCUGGAAACUACAUUAAUGCACAACUAUCUCACAGAAUGUGCCCCAUGGUUCGACGCACAUUCUGCAAGACUGUACUACUCGCGAGUCGAAGUCCCUCGGAUGUUGAGAUGUCCGCCAUGGCGAGCUGCAGCACUGGCACUAUCGGCGAAGAAUAUCGAAUUGAGAGAGCAUCGAGCCUUGACUUCUGGAUCGGAAUCCUUGCCACUGCACUUGUACCAGAUGGCCGUGAGGUUGGCGAUCGAGGCGAUGUCUGGCAGAUUUGAGGUCGUGGGCACUCUUGCAGGAUGUGUACUGCUUUGUGUGUACGAGAUGAUGACUGUGACAUAUACUGACUGGCGGCGGCAUGUACAAGGCUGUGCAAGCAUACAUACUCACAAUGGCUGGAAUGGAUCUACUGGAGGGCUGAUCAGUGGCUGUUUUUGGGAUUAUGCACGAAUAGACAUCUGGGCUGCAUUCUGUGCGUCCACAACGACGAUAUUGCCACCGGACACUUACUUCGACAAUGCGGAAGCUACCAUGGCUUUGAAUGGAAUCGACGAAGAUUUACAUGCUUGUAUCGCGAUCUGGAUCACUGCGCGAGCCAUUAAUCUCAUCUCUGAUAACCCUCCGCUGGCCGGGAGUGGCGCGAUUCUGCACUCGCUACAAGCUGAUAUGACGAGAUGGGAAGUCAUGGGAGGCCAGUCUGCACAGCCUGUACAAUUCAGAGACGCAAGUGCUGAAGCAGACAACCCCUUUCCCCAGAUCCUCUUUUCCAGUCAUAGCGCUACAAUUGGUCACACACAAUUCUACACGGCCAAGGUCCUGCUGCUGGAAUACGAGGCAGCUCAGCGCAGCAUCGAAGCAGCGGCGAGCCUGCGCGAAGAAGCGUACAAGUAUGCACUGAUGGCCAAUGGCAUCGUCGAGACGAAUGAUCACACAGCUUGCCUGGUGAAUUCACUGCAGCCUGUAUAUGUCUGUGGACGGCACAUGAGGACACGAAGUGAAAAGUUCGCAACUCGAAUUGCUUGCUCAGAUAGAACGAAAGACAGGCUGGAAAUGCGGUUGGCGAUCGGAUGGCUUGCGCGAGUUCUGGAACUUGUGCUGACGCACGGUAGAGACGCAUACAAUGCAGUGGAAUACCCUAUGGCGAGAUGGGUACCGGAUAUCUCGUUUGCAAAAGUGGACUGGUGGCCAUACAAAGAUGACUGCGUCGAUCGGACCCAUCGAUGACGGGAUGAAAGCAAGGCCUUGUUGCCGUGGCCCAGUUCCGAUCGUUCAGAUAACGACCGGCCGUCUAACGUUGACAUUCUCGCCCAAGCGAUACUGUGGUAUCUUAUAGCACGAGAAAGGGAACAGUGAUCAUCCAAUUCCAUCAGGAAGGGUGUUCCGGUGCCAGCGAAUGUUAAUAAGGGCGAAGACUCUUGCCGUAGACACUGCGAGAGUGAUGAUUCCUGAGCUUGGGAUCAUCUUUCCAUUUGUCAUACAGCAUAGGCAGUUGAGACGAAGGCUUGGGGUGUAGGCGUCGACUUAUGUCUUCGAGAGAUCUUGCCGCUGCGUUGUCAUCUUCGAGCCGCAACAGGUAAGAGGCUCGCAGAAGAUCAUUUGCCAUGUGCUGCCUGGUACGGUCCUGUCGGCCAAACCAGUGCUCCCUCUGGCUCUUUUUCUGGAAGUGCAGCAAGAUCGGACGCGGAUCGGCGUUUGUUGGAUGGUAGAGAGCGACAGUCGCCAAAUGCGAUGCUACUCCCAACCGCGUUGCCAGUUUCUUGCAAUCGUUUGCGGUUGGCAGCCAUGAACAGUAUCGGUCAAACAGUAUGGGCGAGCACGGCGGUGUCUCAUCUCUCAACAGGGUUUUCUCCAGCUCUAUCAUAGCACUAGGGAGGAAGAUGACGUCUCGAAGCUGUCCGAACCCUCGAUCGAACGCACGUAAGAGGCAUUCGAGAGCAGCCGUGGCCGAACCGUCUGCUUGCCAGUGAAUUUUGCCUUGGAUGAGACCAACAAGCGCCUGCGACGGCCAUCUGAUAUUCAAAGCCCGGCGAAAUGGGUUGUGAGCCCUAACAGCACCCUUCUGCAUCUCGACUGAUGUCAAGUAUGUAGCUAUCCACUCCUCCACCACAUGACUCUUGUCCUCUGCUUCAAUGUGCCAGCAAAGAAGCUUUAUAAAGUCAUCGGGAAGAAUAGUGUCCCAAUAACGACGAUCGGUCUGCAGUACCCAAGCGAGGAUACGUGAUGCACAUGCAGCCGCUGCCAAUGGACGCUGCUCCUCUAGCGGCAGACGUUCUAGUCGCAUGCGCGAUCUGGCCAGGAACAACAUUGCCUCGGGGGCUCCAGCCAGCCCACGCGCUACGAGCGUCUCGAACUCUGACGCGCUUGAUAUGUCUUUGACUUCGUCUAAAGGGAACGAACGGUCCAUCGUAGCUAUAAGACGACCAGCCUUUUUUUGCAACCAAUCACUCACAUCCUCUUUACUAAAGCGUUGUUGCUGUCUCGGCUGAACAGAAUCAUCAGAAGAGCCUGUAGCUCUCCUGUCGACAAGUUCGUAUAUGUUGGGAAUGGGCCGUGCAGUCGGCGUCGGCUUCGGUGCGAAAGGAUUGGGAACUACUUCUCCAUUGCGCAGAUUUGUGCGUUGGACAAUCGGAGAAGCAUGGUAGAGCCUUGUAUGGUGUACUCGAACAGUCACGCCGGUCCGCGGCAGUACUUGUAAUCUAGCCCGCAUCGUGGUGGUGUCGAUACCGUCGCUGAUGGUAGUCCGAAGUCCG